GCCGGCAGCGGCAGUCCCGCCCGCGGCGCGCAGCGAGCGACCGCGUGCGUACACACGUAGACAUGCAUGUGCCGAAAUUCGCCGUCGAAAAAUUCGAUCUAGUGAGAUCUGUUUUAGACAUUUACGAUCGAUAAAUCAUAUUAUUUUGUAUAACGUGAAUUAGUGCUGUGUGUGGAACGAGACGAUCGAGACUUUUUAUAAGUUUUACUACAACACAAUGGCACAGACUAUGGAACAAUCCAAACUACAUUUGUGUAUAUUAUUGAUAGUGUGGUUGGUAAGCGGCGGAGAUGGGUACAGUUGCCCCUACGGCCAGCAGUGCGGGUUCGAACCCGCGCCGCCCGGCCGAAAUCCGCCCUGCGCCCAGCCCGGCCUCACAUACUGCCUGCACCCGGAACCUUACCCGGAGCACGUGAUCCACAAAUUGAUAGAAGCGGGACAGUACGACAUCCGGACGCUGUUGACUGAUGAGAGCCGAGACGAGUUCGACGCUAAAAAGAAGGGCAGCUAUCCGUACAGUUACGGACCUAACUCGCUGCCACACGUCGACCAUAUCUCGCUGGUACACGACCCUCUGACGACCACACAUCACCACAAGGACGUGCAUAAGUAUCAUGGUCGAUUCACACCAGACAUCUUCUCCGAUAAGACGUCAUUGCAGCCGCCGUCAUCAGUCGACCCAUCCCCAUACAACGUGUACCUCCCAGCUAACAACACCAAGCUUGGCUUCAACGAUUAUGUCUCAGGUGGCAAUUACUGGAACCGCAAUCGUCAGUACGACUACACCAAGAAGGGCUUGAGGCAUCAUACAUUGAUUCCGCACUCGCCGGGCUACAACCACGGCUUCUUGAACGAGCCUAACUUGUACCCGGGGUAUGAUGUCGAGUGGUUUCGACAACCGGACUCCGACAGCGUCACUCAAUACAAUCCUACCGAAUGGUGGAAGUAUAUGACACCCUCCAGGUCUGAUGGUGUGACGAUCCAACGGUCGAUAUCGUUUCCGGCGCACACAACCACGGUACGCCGGCGCCGCAACGCCGAACUGGUGCAAGCUGCUUCCAAGAGGAAGUUGACCGGCGCUGAGGCUCUCAGGAUAGCAUUAGGACUGGCUAACGAGGACAGCUCUGCUGAACGACCUCGGCGACAAGCGCAGGACAAUACACAAGAGUUGUGCCGAGUUAGGACGCAAUUCAUCACCCCGCGGGCGGCGCUCAACAACAAGGGCAACUGGAGAUAUGUCGUUAACAUGGCUGACAAUAUGACACAACUGGUGCGCGCUGAAAUUUGCGCGUCUACUGAGUGUAAUGGUUUGUGCACAAUACCUCUAGGAUAUAGUUCUCGCUGCGAACAAAAAUACAUUCAGAAGCGUUUAGUUGCACUGGAAACGAGCGGUCAGACACUCUACACGGAUUUGUUUUGGAUACCCAGCUGCUGUCAGUGCACCAUAGUCAACAAUAAUUGAAGCUUCAAGAAAAUUCAGUCACUGUGGUAAUAUCCCCGUCCUUGAAGUAUUUGGCAUCCUUGUUUUUCCCCUACUUAAUACUAGAUGGCGCCGUAAGCAAUUAUUAUGUGACUAUUGUUUCAAGGUUUUUAUAUUAUUGGAACUUUUUUUUGACAUGACAUCUUAUGUUUAGAUUAAAAAAAUAGUAAUUAAAUAUGGUUUUGCCUUUACGUUAUAGAGAAUUACGUGAAGCAUCCUAAUUACUGAGUAUUAUCCAAUGUAUUAAAAAUGAUAUAGGAUAUUUGUAAAGAAUUAAAUUUU